AUGGCCAGCCGCUACCCCUCGUUCAAGACAGUCAAUUAUUUCGCCGGCGGAAAUCUGAAUCGUGCGUCGUGGCUGCGUGAGUCCACCUCGUACCUGAACCAGGCGCUGGUGUUUGGACCCAAGACCUACGGCCUAACGAAGCGCAGCGAUGCUGACAAUGGUCACUGGAGUCGUGUGACACAAAAUAUCAUUGCCCCGGCUCUCUCUCUCAUGUACCUUGGUGUAUAUGAAGAUGGCUCACCUUCAAAGACGCUCAAGUACACGGACGAUGCGAAAGAACAAGAUUAUGUUGUUCCUAGUGGCCCGGCGUACUUUGCCGUGUCGCUUUCCUACCGCCCUCCCAACGUCCCCGAGCAAGAUGCACUUCCUGGCAGCAAACUGUUGGAUGCACUUACUGCCGAGGAUGCGCCAUACAAAGUUUUCCAAAUGCGUACGGUGAUCUUGACAGGAGAGUUGGAAAAGGAAGACGCUGCCCUCGCUGCUUACGGUCGUGCAAUUUUGGACUGGAGCGAGCGCUACGCAUUUUGCUCGGCAUGCGGAAGCCAGAACUACUCGGUUUGGGGUGGGCACAAACGUGCGUGUUCGUCUGUGCUCUCCAAGGUCACCGAAGGAAAGCCAGCCUUUGUCAAGGCAGUGCACAGUGCCUCCCCUCUCAAGUCGACAUGCCCUUCUGUGGAAUCGGUGCAGAACUACAGUUACCCUCGUUCCGACCCUGUCGUGAUUGUCGGAAUCGUCAGUGCCGAUGAUGAGCACAUCCUGCUUGGCCGCCAAAAGAUGUGGCCGAAGGGUCUGUACUCCUGUAUUGCCGGCUUUGUGGAACCCGGUGAAUCCAUCGAGGAGUCGGUCCGUCGCGAGGCGAUGGAAGAGACUGGUAUCGAGACCGACCAAGUCUCCUACUACCGUCUGUUCUUUGGUGCAUACGCCUAUGCGAAAGAUACCAGCACAAAUGUGCAUCUAGACCAGGAUAUCGAGCUCGAGGAGGCUUUCUUUGCAUCAAAGAAGGACGUUUUGGCAGCCGUCACCGCUUCUGAGCAGAAGCUUGGCUUGAAGAGCAAAGAUGCUCCUACGCAUAAGGGCGAACGCUAUUUCGUGCCCCCGCCUACGGCCAUGGCCCAUGUACUGCUUGCCGCUUGGGCGCGCGGAAACGCGCCGGCCAGGGCGAAAUUGUAG